AUGGGUGAAAAAAAACAGCAGAAUAAGGUGGAGGCAGAUGGGUUUCAAAGGGUGGCAACACAAAAUACUAAGGGUCAGGCUGCACAACAACAAGUUACAAUUGGUAACUCAUUUACAGUGUUGGAGGAGGUCGGUGAAGUUGGGGAGAUAUUGGAGAUGGAGGUUGGGAGUGAUAGAGUGUUCUGCAAGUUGGACAGGGUAUUGGGGAAUGAAGGGUGGAUUAAUGCAUGGCAACACACAGAAGUAACUGUUCUUCCUGAGGGAGAAUUUGACCAUUGCCCUCUAGUGGUCAGAUCAUUUGUGAAUGAAUCAAGGAAGAAACCGUUCAUAUUUUUUAAUAUGUGGUGUCAAGCUGAUCAGUUUCAGGAAAUUGUUAGACAAGGAUGGCAGUAUAACAUUCCUGGAACCAAGAUAGAUCAUGAAAAGGAAGCUAGGGAGGAAUAUGUUGUGGCACACAGGAAUUACACUCUUUUCCCGAGUCAAAAAGCCAAAAUUAGAUGGCUUAAUGAAGGUGAUGAUAAUACAAGAUAUUUUCAUCAAAGUGUGAAGGUCAGGAGGAUACAUAAUAGAAUAAACACCGUUAGGAAAGAGAAUGGUGAAUGGGCUAAUAACUCAACUGAGGUGGCAAAUGCAUUUCUUGAGUUUUACCAUGGGCUGUUGGGUAGUGAAGGAAUGGUGAGAAAGGUGGAGGCUGUAAUCAUAGCUAAAGGGAACAUCCUUGGCGAAUCUCAACAGCAGGCUUUGUCUCUUGAUUUCAGUGUAGAAGAUAUAAGAAAUGCAAUGUUCUCUAUCCCUAAUAACAAGUCUAGCUCCAGGGUUGGAUGGGAUGUGCUAGCAGCAGUACAAGAUUUCUUUAGAAGUGGUAGAAUGUUGAAGGAGAUAAAUGUUACAUCUAUAACAUUGAUUCCUAUGACUAGUUGCCCUGCUUCUGUGGGUGAUUUUAGAACCAUAGCCUGUUGUUCAGUGCUUUACAAAACCAUAACAAAGCUUAUUUGCUCUAGACUGAGUAGAGUGCUCCCUGAUAUUGUUUCUCAAAAACAAGGGGCUUUCAUCACUGGCAGAAGAGAAGCAAGAUCAGCCUAUCUCCUCUUGCAAGGGCUCAAGUUAUUUUCAAAAACAACAGGCCUGAAAGCAAACAAGCAGCAAUAUGCCAUCUAUUGUACUGCUAUGGAUGAAAGAGAGGUUGAAAGGAUUGAACAUUUCUCAGGUUUCAGAAGAGAAUACUUUCCUUUUAGGUAUUUGGGGGUACCUAUUAGCUCUAAAAAGCUAAGUGCUGCUGAUUGUGACCUGCUUAUUGAAAAAAUGACCUGCAGAAUAAGAUCAUGGAGUACCAGAAGUUUAUCUUAUGCUGACAGAACUCAAUUAACAAACUCAGUCCUGUUAAGUGUUCAUACCUAUUGGGCACAAAUCUUCCUUCUUCUUGAUGCAGUGUUAAGGAAGAUUAACUCCAUUUGCAGAAAUUACUUGUGGUCUGGUGCAACUAUUGGUGGCAAAGUGGGAAAUGUCAAAUGGGAGGCUAUCUGCAGGAAUAAGAAGGUGUGGGGGGGGGGGGGCUUAGGCUUCAGAAAUAUAGCCAUAUGGAAUAAAGUUGCUGUUGGGAAGCUUGUGUGGCAUAUAGGAUGUGAGAAAGAUGAUUUAUGGGUGAAGUGCGUGGGUGCACCAUGUCUAUGUGAAGGAUAG